AUGGAGAGCUCUCUGGCGGAGCGUGCUAAGGGCGGGCCCUUCCACAUGGUCACACCCCUGCUGGAGAGCUGGGCGCUGUCCCAGGUGGCGGGCACGACUGUCCUCCUCAAAUGUGAGAAUGUGCAGCCGGCCGGCUCCUUCAAGGUCAGGGGCAUCGGGCACUUCUGCCAGGAGUUUGCCAACAGGGCCCGCCGCGCCCCCUUCUGCUCCCGCACAGGGGGCAACGCGGGCAUCGCGGCCGCCUACUGCGCUCGGAAGCUGGGCGUCCCGGCCACCAUCGUGCUCCCCGAGGGCGCCUCCCAGCGGGUGGUGCGGAGGCUGCAGGGGGAGGGCGCCGAGGUUCAGCUGAGUGGCAAGGUCUGGGAUGAGGCCAAUCUGAGGGCACAAGAGUUGGCCAAGAGGGACGGCUGGGUGAACGUGCCCCCGUUCGACCACCCUCUGAUAUGGGAAGGCCACGCCAGCCUGGUGCGGGAGCUGAAGGCAGCCCUGGGGAGCCCUCCGGGGGCCCUGGUGCUGGCGGUGGGGGGUGGGGGGCUCCUGGCCGGGGUGUCAGCAGGCCUGGCGGAGGUGGGCUGGCAGCACGUGCCCAUUGUCGCCGUGGAGACCCGCGGGGCCCACUGUUUCCACGCGGCGGUGGAGGCAGGCAGGCUGGUCACGCUGUCCAACAUCACCAGCGUGGCCAAGUGCCUGGGUGCCAAGACAGUGGCUGCGAGGGCCCUGGAGUGCACGCAGGAGUUCAAGGUCCUGUCUGCGGUGGUGGAAGACAGCGAGGCAGUGAAGGCCGUGCAGCGGUUCCUCGAUGACGAACGCAUGCUGGUGGAGCCUGCCUGCGGGGCAGCCUUAGCUGCCGUCUACUCGGGCCUCCUGGGGCGGCUCCAGGCUGAGGGCCGCCUGGGCCCCUCCCUGGCCUCCGUGGUGGUCAUUGUGUGCGGAGGAAACAGCAUCAGCAGCCAGGAGCUGCAGGCUCUGAAAGCCCAGCUGGGCCUGGGCUGA